GUUUCGAGCACCUGUUGUCGUUUCUAAUUUUGUUGCUGAUUACAGUCAUGUACGCGGCCUGUAUGACGAUGAAUUAUUUCUGAAAACAAACAGCUUAAACGGACAUUUGCAUUAUAUGACAGUAGAUCAUUAACCAGUGGCCAUGGCAACUAUAAAAACAUGUGACCUGUGUUCCUAUGCAACAAAGAACAUAUAUCUGUUCAAAAGACACAGGCAAAGGUGUAAGAAAGAGCAUGGAAUUACACGUGGGCGUAAAAAGAAAGCCCCUGCAGCACUUGAUGGUUCCAUGGAAUACGAAACAGAGCCCUCCCUUUCACAUUCUAUCCUGGAUGUAGAUGAGUUGGACGGGUCUGUACAGGAAGGUGACCCCAGCGUUCCAGAGGUAGUUGACCCCUCAGACUGUGACCCCAUAGAGGUCAACAUGGAUGGCUCCAUGACGACAGACACAGAGUCCUCUGCAAAACCAAAACAACCGAAAAGCUUCAGUUACGAUUGCACCAAAUGCAGUUUCCAGACAAGAAAGUCCCGGGAUUUUCUGUACCAUCAUGUCCAGGAACACGAAAGUCGAAUGUCGAUCUAUGCUUGCACCAAGUGCGACUACUGCUCCCAGUAUCGCCAGAAGUUGAGGAGGCAUAUGGGCACAGCCCACGGCUUGGACGUAGACACAGCCGAUGUUGUGGCCGAACACAAGGGAGCUUCAAACCAAACCCUUCCCAUCACCAAGGUCCCUAAGAACCCGGCCUCCAAGGCUCCAAGAUCACCCUCAAAAAGGCAGGCGAUGUCUAAACAUUCUGGUAGGAAAUUAAUGGUGAAGUUUGGUCGACCCCAGCCGACGGAAGGCUCAAAACAGGUUGCAGUGAGAAGUUCAGCGCCAGAAGGUGCUGCUCCUCAGCAGAAAGAUCAGCUUUCCCGUGUGGUGGAAGAGAUUGUGGGCAACAAUGGCGAGACGAAGUUCAAAUGCAAGGAAUGUCAGUUCACCAGUGACGAUAAGCAGCAGGUGGCUAAACAUGCAGUCUCAUGGCAUGUUGACACCAAGUCAUUCUCCUGUUCAUACUGUGAAUACAUCACGUUUGAAAAAAGCGACCUUGCAGCUCACAAUAUCACCCAUAGAAAUGAGCAGAAAUUUAAGUGUGACGAUUGCACGUAUUCGACAGACUUUCGACCAAACUUUGACCGCCAUUUGCAAAGCCACAAAGGCCUAUACCCUUUCAAGUGUACAAUCUGCACAUACAGCUGUGGAAGUGAGGCUGCCCUUCGUCGUCAUGUAAACAACCACCAUGAUUCCGUGUCUCCAAAGAGCAAGAAAAUCAAGUUGCAUGUGCCGGUUCCAAAGCAGGUGUCCCCACCAUCUAAGCGCUCUGUGAGCAAUACAGAUAUACCUCCUCAGCCAAUUGAUGGGUCCUCAGGCAAGGAAAGCCAGCAUGUCAACCUUGAAACUGCCAGAAAACCGAAAGCCAAGAUCUUUUUUGACUCCUCCAGUCCCUCCAUGGUUCCACGCCCAAGUUUGCCCCCAAUUUCCGAUGAAACUGCUAAAAGCAUUGAAAGGGGACUGUCUCCGGGCAGAAAACUACCAUCAAACAUUACUAAAUUUGUGGAGAAGUUAAAUGAUAAAUUAGUAUGCCCAAUGUGUCAGUUGAAGUACUUGAGGACAUCGGAUCUUAAUCGUCACAUGAAAGGAAAACACGGCAUCAAACUACGGGAUUAUCUUGAAAAGAUUGGCAAGAAUCCUGCCGAUUUUGAGGGCUUAAAUGAAAGUGAAGAUGGUGUUGCAGACGAUAGUUAUGAAGACAUGGACCAUGAUGGUGAUGUGGCUGCAGAAGACGAGAAUGAUGAUGAGAUCCUGAAGAUGUUGGAUCAUCAGAAUGAAUCAAUGGACGAUAACUCAGUUCCACCUGAGCAGCUCAAAUGCAAGUUUUGCGACUACCAGGCCAAGUGGACGAGCGAUCUUAAGAGGCACUAUCAGUCACACUCCGUUGAAAAGCGCUUCAAAUGCAAUUACUGCCCAAAGAAAUACAAGUUCCGCAGCGAUCUCAACGUGCACAUCCGAAGAGACCACAAGUGCGAGCCGAGCAAGGAUGUCAAGGUUGUGAAAGUGGCGACUGUGGGGAAACGCAAGACAGCUCCCGCUAUUUUUAAGUGUCCUUGCUGCAACUAUACGUCUGCUUGGAAGUCGGAAAUCGACCGGCAUUCCCGGCUCCAUAAUGCUGACAAAACCUACCAGUGCAAAAACUGCGAGUAUCAGACUUAUUGGAGAAGCGACAUUCGUCGGCACUUGUAUAAAAAGCACCCUGAAAUCAUGAUUGCUGAUGUUGCGAUAAAUGACGUUGUGAACAUACUCAAGGACCGCGCGCCAGAGAUAGUGUCAAAAGCAAAAGCUAAGGCUGAUUAUACUGAAGGAAUCAAGUCUGAGGACAAAGUGUCAUCAAGAGAAACCAGUCCAACAAAAACUGUGAAUGUUCAUGAGGGGUCAAUGGGUGUUAACAUGGGUGAAUUAGAAUUAAAAAGCUCCACUGCCCAUUCUCCAACUCCUUCACCAAUAAAAGAUAUGGGCAAUGGAAUCUUUGAAUGUCAGUAUUGUGGAUUUGCUGCAAAUGCUCCAUCUAAGAUGAACGCACACAUAGCUACGCAUACUAAUUUAAAACGCUACAUGUGUCCAACAUGCGGUCGAAGGGCCAACUGGAAAUGGGACAUUGCCAAGCAUAUUCGUGUGGCUCACAACGACCAAGUGACAAAGGUGAUCAAACUCGGUAAGAAGGAAGCGGAAGACACCAUACAAUCCUACAUGGAAGCUAACCCUGUCGUAAGAAGGGAUCAUCAUCUGAAUGUGACUCCUGACAAAGAGAUUGAGAGCAAAUCAUCAGCGGCCUACUUCAAGUGCUCUCUGUGUUCAUUUUCAGACGAGAGGCGAAUUUCCGUGAACCGCCACAUGUUGAUGACUCAUCCUGCAAGUAAAGGUUCUAUCUUGUUGGUCUUGCCAGACAAGAAGGGUAUUUUGGAAGCAAAUGCGUCUGAAUUUCAGCCUGUUGCCAAGAACACUGAAGGCAUUGAAGCUGCUUCUGAUCACGAUGCUGCAAAACCAUUCAUGUGCUCUGAGUGUGGAAAGAGGGCUGCAUCCAAGGGUGACGUUAAGAAGCAUUACCACUAUGCACAUGCUGAAAAAGAAAUCAGAAUCGUCUACCUUGGUGAUGGAUCACAGAGUGUGUAUGCUGCUAAGCCAGCAGCGCAAGGAUCAAAGGCUGUUGUGGAAUCCCCUCCCCCAAUAACCCCCCCUCCUCCUCCUCCUCCCCCACCCUCAAUAGAAAACCAGCAGGUUUCACCAUCUUCUACCUACAUGAACCCCAAGGUGGUUGGGUAUAUCAAGCCCUAUAAGUGUGGACUGUGCGGUCGUAGGUCCAACUGGAGGUGGGAUAUGAACAGGCACAUUAGAGAACGACAUCCACUUCGUAGGCAUGAAAUCGAGAUCAUUGAGCUACCCGAAGAUGUGGCCCGCGCAACCAUUGCUGAAUACUGUGAGAAAGAACUGCCCAUAUUGAAUAAAUCUUCUGAUUUUGUAUACAAGAAACGAGGUCGUAAGCGCGACUCAUCUCAUUUGCCGUUGCAAGAUAAAACUGAUGUCAAAGUUCAUGUAAGUUCAUCAGAUUUGACUACUAGCCAGGCAAUAGCGCCUCCCACCAUUUCAAGCCCAAGCAAGACUGAGAUUACAACUACAUCAAAGGAACCAGCUUUACCGUCCCAUCCUGCUAGGACGGUCCAUGAAAACAUUCAGCUUCCUAGCCCAAUUCAUCCCUUACAUGCAGGUGUAAGGAGCAGACAGUUUAAGAAAUACAAGUGCUCAGGGUGUCACUACCGGUCGAACUUCAGCAGCGAUGUGUCCAGGCAUUUGGCAAGAAAGCACGGAGUCUCACAAGCGAAGGUCGUAGUCCUUGAUCAGGACACUGCCUUGAAAACUCUUGCCACAUACAGCUACAACAAGAAUGAGGUGCAGAAAGAUGUACCAGAAGGGGAGGAAAAGGAAUAUGUCCAGGCCAGGCUGAUGUCUACCCCGGUGAAAGCCCCAGAUGGUCCCCUACCAAAGUCAGCUUGGGCUGGCCUUGAGAAGAAGGUCUGGAUGUGCAGCCUGUGCACAUUCUCUGACGUGAACAAGGUUGAGGUGCUGAAGCAUCUUGGAAAGCAUAAUAUGAAGGCAUACAAAUGUACAGCCUGUAAUUGGUCCUCUAAUUUCAAAUCUGCCGUGUUCAGACAUAUCCAGGGCAAGCACAAUAAAGACGACGGAGCCCAGGCGAAGCUCUGCAUCAAGCUGGUAAAAGAGGGACCAGGGUUGGACGACGCUGGAAUGUUUAUUCUCCCUGGUGGUCUGGUCAGUGGGCCGACACAGUCAAACGCCAUGGAUGGAACUGUCCCCGUUACGGGCCAGGAGUCACUGCAGAAUCCGUCGGCCAUGAUGUCCCAUGCUGUGUAUUUCUGCAAGAUCUGUAACCAUAGCUCUACCUGGCGGUCCUGUAUCUGUCGUCACAUCAAAAAGACACACAAGAUGAAAGAAUACAGAUCCAACAUUGUGAAGAAAAUCAUUCGGACCAGCCGCCCCUCCACUGUUGUCAUGGGCGAUGGCAAUCGCGAUGUUGAUGGUUAUCAGAGUCAAGAUGAUUCACAUGUUUGGAAGAGGCCCAAAAACUUCAAGUGCCAGAUUUGUCCCUAUAAAACCUACAAAGGUAAGAUGCUGAAGUUUCACAUGACCUGCCACCAGCCUCAGCCAGGUGUGAACCAGGUGCAGUGCAAGUACUGCCCCUACUUCGUCAGCAGCAACCGUCUCCUCACUCAACAUUUGUAUCUGCACAUGCAAGAAAUGAAGUCAUGUGGGGAGACUGCUUACCCGGUCACUCCCGUAAAGAAGGUCUCGACGUCUUCGUGUCAAAGUCCUCAAAAUAAGUCAAGCGGAAAAAGCAGCACUACACCAUCCGAUAGCAAGAGUCCUCAGGCUUGCAAGAGACACCGAUGUGAACUGUGUCCAUACUCCACAAACAGUAAAAAUGAUUUCCUCUACCACAAGCAAUUCCACAGGCCGAAGCCGACAGCAGAUUUCAAGUGUAACUAUUGUGAUUACUGGGUGUCUCAUAGACGACUGCUGAAACAGCACUUGAAGGUCCAUGAAGAGGGGUACUCCCACGAGUUGAGUGAGAUGGAGCUGACCCCAGCCAAGUCAGAUUACUCGGAGAACUCCCUUGUGUAUGAUACAGUUGAAAUAGCAGCAAUCAAGCAGAGGAUUAUCUCGUCGAAGAUAACCGCAAGCAUUUCUCAAAGUCCGCUCAUUUCCCCUAUGAAGAUCGCGUCCAGAUGCUCAAUGGGUGGAAAGAGAGGGUUCUUUAGGAAAGAUGGCACGUAUCGCAAAAUCCACCAUUGCAGAUUUUGUCCCUACAUGAAUAUGAGGCCAAGAAAUAUGAGACUUCAUGAGCUAAUGCAUGGAAAGCGUAACACGGGACAGACUCUUGUGAAGUGCCCGCACUGUGAUUACCACGUGUCAUCUCGAAGCCUUUUAGGCCAUCACCUGCGGGUACAUCGGCCAGAUUAUGGGUCAGACUUUCUGGAACAUGGCAACAAGUUCGAUCAGAGUGACAGCUUCGCUAGCGAGGACUCAGAGAUUGACUCAAGCAUUUCUCUAGAGAAGAAGAUCGACACGUUGUUGGAAAUAACUCGCUUCAAGAAGUACGGCUGUGAGAAGUGCCCGUACUCCAGUGCUAAAAGGUCGCGGUUCCAGAGACACGUUGAGCUACAUGGCAGCAAACAGAAAUACAAAUGUGAUUUCUGUGACUAUAGCGUGCCUACUAUGAACCUGCUUACUCAGCAUACGAAGCUUCACUUCGAGCCCAAUCAGAACCUCCUGGCUGCUCAAUCCAUUUUGAAUCUCCAGUACCUGCCAGAAAUGCCUGCCGACGUGGCCCUUGCAAGCAUGAUGACCAGGAACGAUGCUAAAAAUCCUGUGAGCAUCACACAUGACCAUAUAGACCUGUAUGAAAACCAGACUGAGGACCUUGAACCCAAAAAGCUCUACCGUUGUGACCGGUGCCCUUACGCAAAUGUGAGGCGUGACUACUUGCUCGCCCACCUGCGAUGUCACAUGGUCAAGAACGAGUUUGCAUGCCCUUACUGCGACUACAGUGUCGGAAAGACUCAUGUCCUGUUGCAGCAUGUCAAGGUUCACUUCAGUCCACUGCCUGAGCUGUCUGAGUGGCUGGCGGAGAACGGAAAUACAGAGAGACUGAAAGAAAUCAAGAACAAAGACUUGGAGGAGGUCAUUGAAGUCGUUAAGCUUUUUCAAGGUGAGAAAAAGAAUGAGAAUGGUUUAAAGGAAAGCCAGAAUAUCAAUGUGAAAGCAGGUCAAGAAUUGGACAUUGUUCACAAAAAUGUUGCAAAGCCAUUAGAGAAUGUAAUGGGUCAGAUGAAAAUGCCUGUUGUAAAAGCUGGCCCCUCCACCACGUACUCCACAAUAGACCAGCAUGCCAUUGUUAAGAAUGAUGUUACGGAGCAGCCGACUGGCACUGCUAUGGAGAUUGAUGCUGUCAUAGCAAACACAGAUGCAGACAAAACACCUGAAAAUGACAAGGAAAAUCAGAAAGGAGAGGAUGAGGCGUACAUUUGUCAGUAUUGUGACCGGGAGUUCCCCACGUCAGACAGUCUAGUGAGGCACGAGGUGAAACACCUCAUUGGCAACAGCUAUGAGGAAUUGGUUUCACAUCUGCCACAGAUAUUAGAGACAUCUCAAUGUACUGAAGUAAAUACAAGGAACCAGUCUGCAGAAGGACAGAAGGAAAAUGAGGCUGCAGGAGCAGCAGAGGUUAAUCCUGCAGAUUCACAGUCAAAUGGACAUCAAAACAUGGAAUUAUAAUUAGUUAUGUUCAUCAGCAAUGUCUGACCUGUCUAAGUAAUUGGCCAAUUGCUAACAUCUAACAAAAGUUGGCUUAAAAACUCUAUGUACAGUUACAUGUUUUUACAUAAAUAUACUCAGUUUUAGAAGUGUGCAUCAUUUCAAUGGUGUUUUGUAUAUUUAAUACAAAAAUGUGUUGUAGCCACGGUGAGCAACGUGUCUAUUGUUAGCAUACUUAAUUGUGACCAAAGCUGGUGUCCCUAUCUCAUGUUGUCUUAACCCUUACAAUGCGGGAACCGAAUUUUUAAGGCCUUUGCAAACAGUUUGGAUCCAGAUGAGACGCCACAGAACAUGGCGUCUCAUCUGGAUCCAAACUGUUUGCUAUUCUGAUAGUAUUCUUUGAAAAAAAUCGAAGAAAAUGCGAAUUUUAUAAAUUCAGCAGACGACAUUGUAGCAGACGACAAAUUUCCCAGCAUGCAAAGGGUUAAACAUUAAAUGAGAACUUGUUUAUCCACAUAUGUCCUAUCCAUCUUAUUUACCGUUAUUACAUUUCGUGUGUCCUUUUCUGAGUGGAAAAUCUUGUUUUUGUUAAUCAUUUCAUGAACUUGCUGAAUAAAUUAAAACUGCUUGUUUAUGUAUGCAGGACAAUAUCUGUGAUAACCUGUUUCUGCAAAGGUUUAUAUGGGCGAUGCUCUGUGAAAAGGGGUUUAAUGCAUGUGCAGACUGCACAGGCUAAUCUGGGACAACACUUCAAGCACAUGCAUUAAACCCCCUUUUCACAGAGCACCGCCCAUAUAUAUUAUUUUUAUCUUAUCACUUUUAAACAACACAUACUCUCAGCUGUUAGCAUAGUAUGUGUAUAAGUUCAUACAGGCAAUGAAUUUUUCAUUGAAUUGUGGCAUUUUUGUUGUUUUAGUUGUACAGAAUAGAACGUAAUAAUUAUGUUCCUGAGAUUCAGAUGUUAACUUUUAUACUUUCAAAAUGCAGAUCUUUACCUGGUCAAUAUAAACAAAGUGUUUUUGCUGACUUUGCUUACUUUAUUUCAAUUGUUCAAAGAACUGUCAUAAUUUUAUUUUAUAUAUAUUUCAUUACUUUUUUGUUAUUUGGUUAUUAAUGUAUUGGAUAUAUAAAUUAUUUGAUUUACAUAAUUGUUUCAUUUGUGUUGAUCUGAUAAUGCUUUGAUAACUAAAUACAGUGUAUUUGAGACUUAUAUUUUUUUGUGUCCUUUGAAGGUGACAUAUACAGUACAAUUGUUUGCCAGUGAAUCUUUUUGAUGAAGUCGGCAUAUUGCAGUUCAACUGUCCAUCUGUGUGUAAAAUAAUUUGGCACAAAUGUAAACCAUAUAUCCUCGAGUGCCCAAUUUCGACGCAUACAAGCAGUUUGUUGAAGUUUUGUUGCUCAAUAUAGGGAUUUAUGUAAUUAAUUUUGUUAUUUCAAUACACAUGUACCUUUUAUUUACACAUUUUAAAUUCAAUUGAUUGUGUUAUCAACAAAAAUUCGUUGAAAAACGAAAUGACCCAAGUCUAUGUAACGGCGGCCAUAUCUGUUGAGAGUGCCCUAUAACGACGCAUCUGAUUGGUUACAUGAUUUCAAUGUAAAUAUCACUCCUGUGGAGACUGAAUGAAUAAAAUAUUAACUCAUGGUUGUUGUACUUAAAUUUGUAAUUGCUGUAAAAUCAAUAUAAAACUGAAAUUAAUAAAAUCAAAUAAGAUUUUUAAUUGUGUGAUGCCAUACUGUCUGGCAGUGGUUUUAAUAGGGGCCUGUGUGAGCAACCCUGUCAUAAGCUGUGUUUAUGGAAGAUAUGUGAAUAUAAUCUGUACUUCUUUUGUGGAACCUGCACUUAUAAUUAAUUAAAUGAAUAUUAGUAAUAAACAUAAUAUGCAAUUACCAACAUAAACACUUGCUACAUAUAGUUAAAAUUGUAUUACAGCAUAACCAAAAACAUAUCCGGACUUCAAAUCAAAGUUUACGCGUACACCUUUUUCAUAGGUGAAAAUAAAUCUAUUUAUACGAUGUUUUGUCAAAUGGCAGUCACGUGACUUAUGAAUGAAAUGGUGAAUUUUUGCAGACGAAACCGAGGCAUUAUCCCACGGUCUUAUUAACAAAGACAAGUGGGUGUAAAGUGUUCAAAAAUUUUGCAUUAAGUAAAAUACAUAAAAAUCCAUCAAUUGCAAACCGAUAAACCAUAUCUUACCUUUUAACCAGCUAUUUUCCACAUAACAAACAAUAACUAUAGUAAAUUGUGCGUAGAGUACCAUGUGCUAUUGUAUGACGUCAACGGAAGUCGCUUAUGUAUCAAACAGAGGCAAAACAAAAAAUGCGUCGAAUUAGGACAGCGUCGAUUCGGGUCACUCAACGAUAUACCUAUCAUAAGGCAAUGUGGCUGGUAUAAACGGAUCUUCCUUUCUCAAAGGUCAAGGUCAAAAACUAAAUGAAAGAAAGAUGUGAACUCUUUUCAGCCCACUUGUUUUUAGCUCACCUGAUUGCUCAGGUGAGCUUUUGUGACCGGUUUUUGUCAGUCGUCUGUCCGUCCACAUUUGUUCGUAAACACUCAAGAGGUCACAUUUAUUGUCCGAUCUUCAUGAAACUUGGUCAGAAGAUUUGUCCCAAUGAUAUCUCGAUCGAGUUCGAAACUGGGUCAUGCUGGGUCAAAAACAAGGUCACUAGGUAAAAAAAAAAAAAAAAAAAGCUUGUAAACACUUUAGAAGUCACAUUUAAUGCCCAAUCUUCAUGUAACUUUGUUUAAAUGUCUGUCUUAUUGAUAUGUUGGUUGAGUUCAAAAGUGGUUCCGUUCUGUUGAAAAACAUGGCCGCCAGUGGGCAGGCAGUUUUCCUUACAUGGCUAUAGAGAAACCUUGUAAACACUAUAAGUCACAAUUUUGGCCCAAUCAUCAUGAAAGUUAAUCAAAACAUUGGUUUUAUUGAUAUGUCGGACGAGUUCGAAAAUGGUCCAGAUCGGUGAAAAAAUAUGGCCACCAAUGGGUGGGGCAUUUUUCUCUAUAUGUAUACAGUGAAAACAUACGAACACUCUAGAAGUCACAUUUUUUGCCCAAUUUUCAUGAAAUUUGGUCAGAACAUUUGUUUCCUUGAUACGACAGUUGAGUUGGAAAAUGGUUUCGGUCAGUGGAAUAACAUGGCUGCCGCGGGGGGCAGUUUUCUUAUAAUUAUAUAGUAAAAAAAAGCUUGCGAACACUCUAGAAGUCACAUUUUUUGCCCUAUCAUCAUGAAACUUGGUGAAAAGAUUGGUUUUAUAUAUAUCUUAGAUGAGUUUGCAAAUGGUCCCCAUGGGUCAAUAAACAUGGCUGCCAGGGGGGUGGGGAAAAACAUGUGACUAUAUAGAGAGAAACCUUGUGAUUGAAUACUAUGGAAGUCACAUAUUUUGCCUAAUCAUCGUGAAACUUAGUCAAUACAUCGGUUUUAUUGAUUUCUUGGACAAGUUGGAAAAUGGCUCAGAUCGGUGAAACACUUUUUUUUAACUUACCUGAUUGCUCAGGUUAGGUUUUAGGAUUGGUCUUUGUCCGCUGUCCGUCCGUCCACAUUUGGUUUGUAAACACUCUAGCAUUCACAUUUCUCAAGCAUUCUUUAUCAAAGUUGCUGAAAGAUCUCAGUCAAGUUUGAUGAUAGGUCACCAUUUCAAAUCUUACAAAAACAAAAACACUCCCUACGCCAGAGUUUUGGUUCAAUAAUGAUGAAACUUGACCAGGAUGUUUGUCUGGUCAAUAUCUAGGUCAAGUUUGACAUUAGGUAAAGAUUAAAUGAACCAACUCCUCUCAGGUGAGCGAACUAGGGCCAUCUUGGCCCUCUUGUUUUUUAAUCAUCAUGAAAUUGCUCAUAAUAUUUGUUAUAUUGAUGUAUGGGCUUAGUUCUGAAAUGAUUUUUGAAACAUUCUUUGUGUAUCAGAUGAGCAACGUUGGGCCUUUGGCCCUCUUGUUGUGAACAAUAAACAUGUUGCUGGCAUAUUUUUUUUUCGUUUAAAAUAUAUCAUGGGGGUUACAUACAUAUUUUGCUUAGGAAUAUGUUUAGGUUCAUUUGUCCCCCUUUACAAUAUUAUAUAUGCCUUAUCGUCAAUGUCUGGUUUAGACAAUCCACAUUUGUCUUUGAUGUCCGUGGGCUUCAAUGAUUGAACUCGUUUUCAUAUUACAUAUCUAUUGAUAUUCAAUAGAAUGUCAUGAAUAUGUGUCCCCUAUACAUGUACAUAGAUAUUGUUCUACUUAUUACUACACCACACGUCUUUUCGUCUGCAGAAAGUACGGUAUGCUUACACUACUUAUAGUAAAUUGUUCAAACAUUCAUAUCUGGCAGUAAAGAUCAGAAUGAUGCAGGUUUUUUUCCAGUUAAUGAACGAAACUACAAGUGCCAUUAGAAUAUACUUGUGUUUUGAAAUUAAUUGUAUACAGUGUAGGGUAUAGGCCUUACUCUGUGAAAAGGGGGUUAAAUGCAUAUGCUCAAAGUGUCAUCGUAUAUUAGCCUGUGCAGUCUGCACAGGCUUAUCAGGGAAGACACUUGCAGCUUUUAUAAUAUUUUUUGUUUAAAUAAAGUCUCUUCUAGCAAAAAUCCAGUUUAGGUGUAAAACGUCCUCCUGAUUAGCCUGUGUACACUGCACAGCCUGUUGGGGACGCCACUUCAUGCACAUGCAUUGGACUUCCUUUUCAUAAAGCCCUGCUUAAAUGUAUUUAUAAUUUUAAUUGAUUCAAUCUGUGUGCGAAUGAUUUCCUUUGUAUCAAUGUGUAAUAUAAUUGCACUUAUGUUAUGAUAUUUGUAGCUGUUGAAUGAAAAUAUGUACACAUGGAAACAUGAACAAUGUUAAAUCAUAACAAACAAUGUUUGGGUAACUUUUGUAAAUUUAGUUAUUUGGAGGGUGUAUUAGGUGUGAUUCAUUAUUAUUUCAUCGAAAUUCAAGAAGACCUUUUACUUGAAAUUAUCCUUAUAAAUGAAUGUUCUCAUCAGUUAUGAUAGACCCUUUUAGCAUUCCAAAUAUCGAGUUUCAUUGAAAGAUCAUUAGUGUAAAUUACAUGGUUUCUUGUUAGUUACUUUUUACUAAUAUAAUGGCAUGCAUCAUAAUGUUUUAUGUAUUUAUUAGUUGUUUUUUCAUGAAAUAAAUUUCAUGAUGAUUUAUAGAUAAUAAAUGUUUAACUACUGAUAAGUGUUUAAUUGCUCACAGUAGUAAUCUUUUUAUAAUGUUUGGACUUCCAUAUAGCAAACCUUGUUUUGGAAUCAUCAAAAAAUAUUUGCAUCAUGAUAAUUGCUAAAAUUGGAAUGUGAAACACUUCUAUAGUCAUGGGAUGGUUCGAAUGUUUUGUUAAGUUGUUUUAUAUGAAAAUAAGUAAUCAUGUUAUGAUUUAUUUAUUUAUGAUAUCAAAAAUUAUAUCAGAAAUGUAUAGGAAUAAUAUGAUCAAUGAAUUCCAUGUCAUCGGUCACAAGAUGAAAGAAAAUUGAAAUUUAUCGCAAAGACCUGACUGAUUUUUGUCUCGUUUUUGCAAAAUGGGUAAUAGUUAGCAUUAUAAUUUUGUUUGCUUUGGUAUCCAGAAAAAGAUGUGAACACUGUAAUCUAUGCAAUUGGAUUAUUAUAACCCCACAAUGAAAAAGACGGAGGUAUACUUUAGUAACAAUGGGGGGGGGGUCUGCAGGCAAGGACCUGUCCAACAAUGUACCCCCCCACUUUCAAACGUGCAUCAGUUGUUCCAAUCUCCACGCAGAGUUGUCGUUCCUUGCUCUCACAUACAAAUCUGCGAAAGGCUCAGCACGCCAUUUUGUCUAUAAAAUAGCUAAAACCGAACAAACGCAUUCAAUGUAUAUUUGAUUGGAUAUUUAAGAUCGCAUGCAUUAAAUUAAGAAAUAUGACUUUUAAAUGUACAAUAAAUCGUGCAAAUACUUGCGAGUUUUAAUGCAACUCUUUGGAACUAUUUUAUUGCCUAUUUACGCAGAUGGAAUCAUUCCACGCACUUUACAUAUGUAAAUAAUUGAACAUAAUGUUUAUUGAGUGACGUUAGGAAUUGCUUCGACGUGUGUAUGUAUGUUGGUUUCUUAACAACAAAAAAACAUAUCAUUUUUAUAAUAAUUAAUUAAGACUGAUAUAAGAUAUUAUGGUAUGAGAUGGUUUUCUUUAAUGCAGUGAAUGCAAUGUAACCGUCGUGCAAGAGAUUGUUUAGUAUACUGUAACCUCAAUGAUGAACGCUUGGUAUGAUCAUGACAUGAAUGAGACGCUUUCAUAACAAUAGUCCAUUCUGAGCGCAACACAGAGGUGAAUGUAAUGUAACUGUCGUGCAAGAGAUUGCAAUUGUUCUCCAUGAUAUAAAGUUAUGGAUUUAAAAAAAUUAUCUAUAAAUUAGGUUUUAUUAACAAUUUUAUAAAGGUGUAUAUUGUGUUUAAUAUAUCUAUGAUAAAACAAAUGCAAAGUUAUGCUCCCUUUUCAUCUUUGAAUUUCAUAAACAUGAGUGUUACAACUGGCUUCUUGUAACGAUGUGCAUUGUCUAUAGGUAUUUAUGACUAGUGUGACAAGCUCUGCUUUUGGCACAUUUUGCAUCUCACAAACACACAGCUUUGUUGGUUUUUAUGCUCCCCCAAAAUUUAUUUUGGGGGGAGCAUAUAGUCGCCGCUUCGUCUGUCCGUCUGUGUGUCCCUCCGUGCACAAUUUUGUCCGGGCUAUUUCUCAGCAACUAAUGACUGGAAUUCAAUGAAACUUUAUGGGAAGCUUCACUACCAAGAGGAGAUGUGCAUAUUAUCAGCGGGUUCUGGUCGGAUGAUUUUUCACAGAGUUAUGGCCCUUUGAAAUUUUCUAUAAAAAAAUUCUUGUCUCCCUAACUACUGUGCCCUCAAGACGUUUCCUUUUAUCUGAAUAUAUAGUGCAAUAUUGUGACAAAAAAAAAACUUUGGGGAGCAUCACCCGUCUCCGACGGUUUCUUGUCAUGUAAACAACGCAAGACUUUCAGAACAAUGCCAUGUUGUUACCAUUUUUGUUAAGUCUGCAUAUGGCCUGUGAUCACCGCUGGAGGUGGUUUUCCCUGUUAUAUUUCUGUGUGAUGCAUGAUGCAUUAUGAUGGACAUGAUAUUUCAUGUACUAUUAAGAAGUUUGUAAUUUGUGAAUAAAAACUGCUUAUGCUACGAG